AUGCUGAUUGUCUCCAAGUUCAAUGGGAAAUGGGUGUCAUGGGCCCAUACCCUCUUCGCCGCCAUCGCGUUUCUCGGUGCUCUUAUUGUGGGCAUGAAGCUGCAUUUCCACAAAAUUGUGCAAAACGAGUACUACGGCUACCCGGAGGAAUGGUUCCCUUCGGUCUCUGCGACGAUCGGUGAUCGGUAUCCUGAACGAUCGGUGUUCCAAAUCUUCAUCGCGAUUACUUCUGGUCCUCGAUUUGCUCUGGUUUUCCUCUGGUAUGUUUUGACGGCGCGACCGAACUCGACGCUGCCGAAGAUCGUUGCGGGAACGGGCCUCUUCAGAACUUUGACAUGCGGAGGUUGGACCUAUGUCACUUCAACCGAUGAUCAUGACUGGCAUGACAUCUUCAUGAUCUCCUAUCUUGUGGCCACUCUACCGUGGACGCUAGGGUGCCUGGCGCUGAGCCCCAAUAACCGCCGUGCGGUUAAGUACCGAAAGGUGUUUGCUGGUCUUUUCUUCGGCACUUUGGUGCCAUUGAUAUAUUACUUCAUCCAGCAUAAAGUGCACAAGGUUCCCGGUGCUUAUACCAAGUACGCUUUCUUCGAGUGGUCUCUCAUCGUUUUCGAUGUCGGUUUUGACGCGGUCACCGCACUUGACUUUGAAGCCUUCGAACUUGUGGUGAGGGAUGUCAAAGGAGUCAGCAGAGGGAAAGACAAACCAGUGGGAACGACAUUUGGCGACGGUUUCGUCUGGUCUGAGGCAAUCGAUGCAGCAGCCGACGUUUACAAUGGGGUAAUGCUCGAAAUGAAAUUUGUUUUCUGGUCAAUUUUUACUUCCCUUCCUCUCCUCGUAUGGUUCUUCCCUCUCUGGCACAUGGGUAUUUCCGGAUACGAAGUCAUGAUUCUGGCCACAACAUCUCCGUUUAUCUUAGCGGUUCCGUCAGUACGGGCUUUCGCGACACGAAAUGCACAUGUGUUUCAUUUCCUGUCGCUGACCGGUCUGCUGGCGUACUUGGUUCGCGACCCGGUCUAUCGCUUGUUCACAGUUGGCUUCGCAGUCGCUAUGGGCUGCCUUGCAUGGUCUGCCACCUUCUACGGUGAACGCUCUCAAGUUACGCGGUUGGAGUCUCGUAUCAGUGCCUUCGCUAUCGGUUUGAUCGCUUCCAGUGUCGCCAAAUUCGCGUGCAAAUCUAACAAUCCGAUCUGGCCGACCAUGCACUCUGAAAAUGGAGGGUGGAAUAAAUUAGGAUUACUCCUUGCCAUCCUGGCCACCCUGCGAUCCACGAGAAGACCGACCGUCAGUGGAGGGGACUAUUUCCCUUCCUCUGGCAAACAGGGUUCCGCGAUCCUUGCUGGCAUUGGUCUUGGGGGACUAUUCUUCAGCUUGCAUUCGCUUCUGUCUGAUUCAAGUACUAUGAUCAGCUGGGUAUGGGAAGGCUUCCCUAUCCGAGGUCCCAUUGCAGUGCCUCAUGGCACUUGGACCCUAUUCGCAAUGGGUGCUGGUCUCGUGUUCGGCUUAUUUUAUCCACGUCUAGCUGGGUCCUGGACCGCCUUUGGAAUCGGAUCGCUGGGUGCUGCGGUGCUUACCUGCUACAGCCAUUGGUUUGGUUUCUAUGGUGGUCUCGUUCUCGCCUUUUACUUGAUGGCUAUCACUCCUGUCUUGAUUCCAUCUGCUGUGCGCCAUUCUCCCGCCUCCACAUUCGGCUUAGGAUUCCUCGUCUGGGUCUUUUUGGCUCUAUUCCACGUUUGGGUAGUUGCCUAUGCGUUCGUUCCCGGCGGUCCUCUUGUGAGAGAACACACGGAUUGGUUGAUGACUGUUUCGAUGUUGUCCAUCGGUGCUGGCAUCUUCUCCGCUGCUGUGACGAAUUCUGGCCCUACCAAGAAACAAUUUAUCAAUCCGCACGGCCGGAAACAGCGCUCAUAUUACAUCUACGUCCUUGCAGUUCUGCAGCUUCUUUCAGUUGCCGUCGCAUAUCUGCGCUUCCCUACAAACGAUUAUACUCCCUAUCACAAGGACGAUAAAGUCGUCACUGCAGGCAUCUGGACGAUACAUUUCGCCCUCGACAAUGAUAUGUGGUCCUCUGAACGCCGCAUGUUUAAUCUUAUCAAGGAGGCUGAAGUGGAUGUUUUGGGGCUUUUGGAGUCAGAUACUCAGCGUAUAAUCAUGGGUAACCGCGACUCAACUAUGUGGCUCGCUGAAGAACUCGGGAUGUACGUGGAUUACGGUCCCGGUCCUAAUAAGCACACCUGGGGUGCCGCUCUCCUUUCCAAAUUCCCGAUUUUGAACUCCACUCAUCACCUUCUACCUUCUCCUGUGGGUGAGUUGGCACCUGCAAUCCAUGCCACCCUUGACAUGUACGGCGAGAUGGUAGAUGUGGUGGUUUUCCACUCCGGUCAGGAGGAAGACCCGGAAGACCGCCGCUUGCAGACUGAGUACCUGUCCAAGCUGAUGGGCGAAUCACCUCGUCCAUUGAUCUUGCUCAGUUAUCUCGUCACGAAGCCGCUUGAGGGUAACUACAACACCUACGUGAGCGAGCUGAGUGGGAUGAAGGAUAUCGAUCCUUCAGACUGGGAUCGUUGGUGCGAAUACAUUCUAUACAAGAAAUUGAAGCGCACGGGUUACGCAAGAAUUUCCCGCAGCACCAUCACAGAUACCGAACUUCAGGUUGGAAAAUUUGUGAUUGGUACAUCUGAACCUGAGCACGACAUCCGGGUGCCUGAGGAGAUGGUCCCAGAAGGGUUGCGUUUCCCGGCCCUGUUCCGCGGCGAAGGAGUCCGCGGCCAUCGGUAUCAUGUAUUUGAUGAACCAAGAUAUUGGCAGUGA